AUGUCAGAAUUAAUUUCAAAACUGAUCAAAGAGCAGCAAUCACUUACCAACGAAUGCAAGCGCGGAAUAGAAGCCAAUAAACUUUCUUUAUGGAGCUACAAAGCAGAGCUAGGCUCCCUUGAAUCUCAAUUCAAACGAUGCAAUCUCAUCUUAGAAGAACAAGAAAAAUAUUAUUCAGCUGUUGUUUCUGAAAGUCGAGCUGCUGCAAAAGAAGCCAGUCUAAUAGCAGAAUCGUUUAAUAAAUUCCAGCUUCGCUCCAUUCUAGAAAUCAUAAACCCAUGGCCACUUCUUCAAGAUUUAAGCAUUGCGAUCUGUUUAAUGAUUGGCUAUUCUACAGGUACCUGGUCGACUUUUCGAGUAUUUUCUAAUUAGAGAGUCAUCAAAGACUGCGAGACUUUUCAAGAAACUCUGCAAUCAUUUGAUCCUCAAAACCUUGAGCCUGAAAGCCUCGAUUUUAUAUUGCAGAUUCAGAAAAAACAUAACCUUUCUCUCAUGAUUCGUGAUGGAAGAAUUCCUGAUGAAAUUGUGGCACUUUCUACGUGAGUUAUGAAGGCUUAUACCUAUACUGUUAAAGAUAUGGAAGCACAAGAAAUCUGUGAAAAAAUGCCAACUUUGGUUAAAGAACAGGCUGAAGUGUAUUUGGAUAUGAAAUCAAUUAAAGAAGAUAUAGCAGAAACCGAGGCUCGGCUUACAAGGCUAAUAAGCUGCAUUGAAUCAGCUGAGGCAAAUAUUUCACGACUCAAAGAAGUUGAUGAAAACUCUCCUCAGGAUAUAGAAAAUGCUAGUUCUGACUGUAAAAAAAUUGAUUCUAUUGCCAGAAGUAGCAUUAAUCUUGAUCAAUUACUUACUAAAAUUGUAGUAAAUGACGGAGUUAAUGCUUAUUGGCAAGAAGAAGAUGAUAGCCAAAACCCAAGCUUGCUAGUGGAAAGCUUGUUUAUUUCUCAUAAUUUGAGUCCUGAUUUAAAAGAAGAGCUUAAAUUAAUUGUAAAUCCUACAGAUGAAGAUGAAGGAAACGUGGACUUAGAAAAUGAUGUUGUUGAUAGAGCGUCACUAAUAUCAAUGCAAGAAGUGACUGCUAGUAAAAAUACUUUCACAGGCAAAAAAACUGAUAUCGAUAACAAAAAGCCAUCUAAGAAAAAUAAUAGAAAAAUCAAAGAAGAAAAGAUAAAAAUACGAAAUAAAAAGAAAUGUUGCGGCUUUGUCUAG